AUGGUCAAGUACGGCCUCGACUACACUCGCUGCAGAUGGAUCCUACCUCUGCUCCUGGGCAUAGGCGUCAUCUUUGGUAUCAUCGCGCUAGCGGGUAGGGGCUGGUUGGAAUCGCAGACCUUGCCCUACGUGCAGCGGGCCUCGUUAUGGGAGAGCUGCCGGAGAGCUGCAGGUGGAGAAUGGAUGUGCGAGUCCCUCAUGGGUUACGCCUGGGGAAGAGCUGCUGCUGCCACAUACCUUGUUGGCUUUAUACUUCUAGUGAUCUGCUUUGCUCUGGCCAUUAUAGCAUUUGCCAUUGAUACACUCCGGUUCAACUUCAUAAGAGGGAUUGGUGGCUUGCUUUUUGUCGCUGCUGUGUUCUCCAUCAUGGGCUUGGUGAUUUAUCCUGUAAAGUUCUCGACUGAGAUUGAAAUGACAGGAGUCAAUAUGUUCAGCUGGGCGUAUGGCUUUGGCUGGACCACUGCUAUUAUGGAAAUAUGCUUGGGAUUCUUCUUCUGCUGCCUUCCUAACUAUGAAGAUCAAGUCUUGGGUAAUGUGAAGCCAACGUAUUUUUACUCUUCCCCGUAA